UGUAUGUGCAUAAAUAGAUAAUUUUCAACGUGCCAGUCAAUAAAAUAUGCAGAAAUACCUUAAUUCCCAAGGUCAGCGUUACACAGCCUAAGUGUAAAGAGAGCACAAGCAAUGAUGCUUACAAUGUCUAAUAUCUCAAAAGCCAAGGGUUUUUCCAAUUUAAUAUUUAACGUAUGGGCAAACUACAAUACGUAUUAAAUUAAUUUUCCUAAGUAUUUACUUUGUUAGAAAUUUGUUCUGAGAACGUAUUUGUUUGUAUUGGUCAGAAGCACAUCUGAGACGUGGGACGGCUGUCAGCACAAGGCCACACGGCGAGGAGGCAGUGAAGUGGCAUGUGACAUUCGGGAGUCUCGGGGGGCAACAUGUGGCCGGCGCUCAGGACGCUCCUCUCUGCAGUGCAGCACCGGUGCCUCCGGCCGUGCGCGAUCCGUGCCGCGACACGAGCCCCCACUUCCGAAGUGCCGCACAAGUCCCACUUGCGCCCGCGCUCAGCGGCUUCCCCUUGUCCGCUCGCCCUCUCGCAGCAAGGGCUCCCGGGAAGGGCAGGAGAGCGGCGGUGGGCACCGGGACGGGCCGGCUCCGGUGUUUGUACAGCUGCGCCGCUCUCCCGGGGCAGCCCCGCACAAAGCCCCGGCAGCCCCGCAGCCCCCGCCGCCACCGGGCGGGCGCGGCGCGACACCCGGGGCAGGUCCCCGCUCCUCGCCGCUGCCCCGCCGUCCCCGCGGCCGCCGCUGGCAGGUCCUGCUGUUACCCUGUAUCAGAAAAACCUGCCACUGAAUGUGCCUACAGGAAAAUGCAUAAGUAUUCAAGAAAAUUAUAUAAAUUUAAACGUAAAAAUUAAUAAAGAAAUACAUGUGUAACAAUG